AUGGUGAAAUCAAGGAUUGUGAUUAAAAAAGAAGAAAGAGGGGAAGAUGAAGAUGAUGGGAUUGUUAUAAUCAUGAUGAUGAAGUACAACAAUCAGAUUGGCGAUAUACCAAAAAGAACAAGCAUCAAAGGUUUGAAGGUGACAUCGCAGCAACAGAACAGAUCAUCACCUUCACAGAUUGUCUUAACCAAAUCAAAUCUAACCCCACCACCUUAUAAGAGUAACAGUCUUAUCACUUUCUUCCUCACUCUCGCAAAACCCAUUUUCCAUUUUGAUACAGAAAAAUGGAGCAAUCAUAAAAAUGGCCCAUUUCGUUAA